CUUCUCCUCCUGUUUGUCAAACAUUAUCAGAAGGGUCAACUCAAAAUCCAACCUUUGCUAAGGAAACAGAGUCGACUCAGAGUAUGGAUUCGCUCAAACCCAAGAAACAACAGGAGACGGUUGAGACUAAGCGUAAAGGUUCAAAGAAUAUGUUUAAAUCAGAGAAAGAGUUUCUUGAAUUCAUGCUAAAGUAUCAGCAAGUACUUUCUGAAAGAGAUUCUGCUAUUACUGUCCGUGACAAGCUUGAGUCGCUUUGUAGAGAGUUACAACGUCAAAACAAAAUGUUGAUGGAAGAAUGCAAGCGGGUGUCAACUGAGGGACAGAGUUUAAGAUCAGAUUUAUCGACAAAGUUCCAGGAUGCAAUAAAGGAUGUGAGCAUUAAGUUGGACGAGCAAAAGGAUGAAAGCCUCGCACAACUAAAAGAAAAUGAGAUGUUGAGGACGAAGUUGAAGCACCUGGCUGAUCAAUAUACACUUUCAGAACAACAACAUGAGCAAAGAUUGAAGCAGAAGACACUUGAGCUACAGAUAUCUGCUUUAAAAAUUAAACAGCACGAGGAGAAACUCAUCCAUGAACAAUCUCAGAUGAAAGUUUAUGCGGACCAAGUUUCUCAGCUUUUAUCUACUGAGAAAAAUUUGCGGUUGCAGCUAACUGCUGAUGGAGAUAAAUUCCAGCAGUUCCAGGACGCGUUGGUGAAGAGCAACGAGGUGUUUGAAACAUUCAAACAAGAAAUCGAUAAGAUGUCAAAAGCAAUCAAAGAACUUAGGAAAGAAAACGCAUUCUUGAAGAGCAAAAGUGAGAAGUCUGAUAUCACUCUCAUAGAACUCGUUGAAGAGCGUGAAAGAUUGAAGAAACUGUUGGAGAAGACUAAGAAACAGAAAGAUAAACUUGAGUCGCUAUGCAGAUCCCUUCAAGCCGAAAGAAAACAGAAGGAAACUAACAGUGUCGAUUCUGCUGCAGUUCAACCAUGAAGUAGAGAAAGACUAUGAAUUAAAGUUUUUUUUGCUUGUUUUGUUUUGUCAGAGUUGAACUAAUUAGCACUUCAGUUUAUUUUUUUUAUUUAUUAAAAACUGCAUUAGACACCAAAUUCACUUGACAAUGUCAUUUAACAUCAAAUUGAUUCCGCC